CCAGUCUGGUUUUCCGUAGGUAGCUGCCGGGAUGAAUCGGGAAGUUUGAGGGUGGAACAACGAAAUGUCUUUUCGGUGUAGUUAACUCGUUAGCAGAAUAACUAUAAUAUUGCUUUAUUCGUCAGGGUCUACCCGGUUUGUUGUUAUAUGACAAAUUUCAACGAUUCGUGUUGUUUGUCAGCGUUGAACUGUUGUAAUCGCCAUCGUUUUCCAUCAGAUACGUAGCUAGUUAGCUGACGUUGUUUAAUAAAUGUUCUGACAUCAAUUGCACGAAGGUGAUCGCUGACCAUUAAUAAGUUUUUCGGUGAUGGAGGGGUUUUGCAGCAAAGAGGCAAAAUGUCAUAGUUAAAUACAACAAAGCUCCACAUGUAGAUAGCUAAGUGGUGAUUUCAAAAUUCAUGUACUGCACCCCUCACGCAGAGCAUCUGUAAGGAGGGAACUCCGUAUUAAUAAGUAACACCGAGAUGUCGGAGGCCAUCCUGACGUUCCAGGCGCAGCUAUCCGGCGUCAUGGAGACGGUCUUCAAGGCAGCCAUGUACGAGAUCGUCAGGCUUGUGGAGGACAGCUUCCUGGAAGAGGUGUCCCGGAGCAGAGAGCAGGUGGAGACGUUGAAGAAGCGCCUGCAGUGGUCCGAAAGCAAGCGCAAGGAGCGCGAGACAUCCGGCAGGGCGAGGUGUGCCGAGUGCGGACGAGCUGGGGCCGAAGCUGACGUGGGCCAGACGGAGGACAGAUCGCCGGGACCCGCUCAUGGGGUGACAGAGAACCGCGGCCUAAAGCAGGAAGGAGCUCAGGAGAUCAAGUGGGCCGGCUGUCCCAGGGAGGAUGUGGAGCCUCUGACGAAGGUCCUGAACCAGGAGGCGGUGCUGAGCACUGACAAGUUAUCAGAGGAGAUUACUUCAUAUCCCAACUUACAACAGGCUGUACAUGUAGAAGGGGAUAAGCUGAAAAAGGAGGGUUUCCAGCUGGCAGCAGGAAGCCCCGGGGGCCCAGAACGGUGGCCUGUUUCUUUGGAGGCAGAGGCAGGCAACCCUGGUCGCCUGCACGGGGAUUUUGGCGAGCGGCAAGCGCAGUGCUCUGCUGAGGAUUGGGCCCCCAGCUCGGGGCCGGCCAGCCAGCAGCCCCUGAAGGUGCACCUGCCCUACGGAGCCAGCUUCGACACGGAGGCGAUCUGUGGAUUAGAAGACGCCCUCAGGACAGAGGCCAAGGCACCGUGCUUCGCCCCGGUGUUCGAUGUCAGAGAGCUGGGCAGCCAGGUUCUGCAAGACGCUUUCGGGGCUCCGGCUCGCAUGCAGACAGAGCUGGAAGGUGUCAGGGUGGACGAGCGAGCCCCUGUUCUCCCCGGCCCGCUGCGGAGCAGGAGGGCGGCCUGCAGCAAUCAGCAGGGCGCCCCUUCACUGUCUCCCCAUGGCGAUGUGGAUGUUGGAGAACUGAACUACCUUCUGAUCAAUGAGGACGGCUACCUGCAAGAUGCAGGGGAUGGGUUCUGGGGGCAGGGCCAGUUGGGGCCAGUGGACGGAGGAGAACGCUCGCAGAAGCGUGACCAGGAUCCGAUGGCAGUUGACAGAAGCGGCGAGCUGAAUUCAGAGAGGCUUCACGCAGCCCCGACAGGUGUCAGGGAGAGGCCUCGCAGCUGCGCCCAGUGUCGUGUCAGUUUCCCUGACUCGGCCUCCCUGAAGGCGCACAUGAGCACUCACAAGGCGAGCACCGCCUACACCUGCACACAGUGUGGGAAGAGCUUCACGCAAGCCUGCAACUUGAAAGUGCAUCAACGGAUUCACUCGCGAGACGGCCUUCACCUCUGCAGUCACUGCGGGAAAGGCUUUGUGGCGUUUUCAGAUCUCAAGAAGCACAAGUGCAGCCACGCGGGCGACAAGCCCUACUGCUGCAUGCUCUGUGGGAAUAAGUUCAGCCGACUGUGGAACCUCAAGCUGCACCGGCGGAUUCAUACGCAGGAGAAACCCCACCGAUGCACUCAGUGCGAGAAGAGCUUCACCCGUGCCGACAUCCUGAAAGUUCACCAGCGCACUCACACCGGAGAGCGCCCCUACUGCUGUACACUCUGUGGACUGAGCUUCAAGAGGCUGGACCACCUUAAAUCGCACCAGCGGAAACACAAGCCGCAGCAGACUUGAAAAUGUAGAAAAUCCGCCCUUUCCAGUAGGGGUUUGUAGAGCAUGUGCAGCCUUCAAAAAAUGAAAACCAGCCAGGCUCCAGUAUUUCGUCCCAUCGUCGGUAAUUAUACAGUAAUAGACGCAGAUUCUUGGUUUUUCUUGGUGUCUUUUUUACAUGUUGUUCUUUGGCAUGGAAUUGCAGUGUAUAGCUUUUCAUUUAAACUUACGCUUUUAGUUGUGCAUUUUAAAAAAGCCACCAGAAUGAACAUCCGUCCACUAUUAAUGGUUAAGUUUUGGUGUGGACCCUGUCCGUUUAUGCUUCAUGCACUGGAUAUAGAGGUGUGACAUUACAGCUGUACUGACAUUUAACAGAAGAGAAACUGCAGAAGAAAUGGGGAAAUUCCCUAAACAUGCUUGCAUACUUCAGAUUUUGUGAAUGUUAUUGUUUUAUGCUUUUUACUUCUAUAUAUAUUUUGCUUUGAGACAUUCUGAAAGGACCAAAUAUUCAUCUAAAAAUUAGAAACAUUUAUACAGAAUAGUCUUUAAUUCUCACUCCGUUUUUAUGUAUUUAUGUUUGAAACCUGUAUUAUUCCAGUUGUUUACCUAAACAUUCUACUACAUUUUGGUUUGAAUAAGCUAUGUGUACAGCUCAAAUAAUGAAAAUUUAUGCAGAAUACUUCAAGCCUCUGAGCCGAUGAAACAUAUAUGAAUGCAGUCUUUUAUGGCCAAUUAAAUGUGAAAUUCUGAAAAGUUAAAAAUGUGGCAGAAAUUGGUGCAAAUGUGUGCCUAAAGCCAAAUUCAGACACCAAACGGUAUUGGACCUUAAAAAGAAGUAAAAUUACAGUCAAAAACUUAUCAGUCUCGAGUAAUACAUCUCAUUAAUCAGCAGGAAAGCUGUUUGUUUUGCUCCAAGCUCUGGAGUGUGUUUAAAUAGCUGUGUGCGAUUGGGAUUGAAGUGCCAUGCUGUGCCUUAAUAAAGGAUUUAUUUAAGGAUUUCAUGAAUAA